AUGGUGUAUUUAAAGUUUUUAUUAUGUCUUGGAAUUAUAUUGUUGCGGUUACCGUCCACAUCUUCACAAGGAAUUUGUAACUCUGCUCCAACUGCCUCACUUAGGAUUACUUGUCAACAGAUUACGAAUUGGGCUGCUAAUACGAGGGAUAUCCGACCAACAACACGAAGCCUCGUACUGUCACCAGGCCCAGCAGGACCUACACUAGGAGCCUUUGCUGUAUCGGCCGUAGCUUCAUCAACAUCCCCAACCACAGCUUAUGAAUGCAUGGAUAUUGGCUGCUUAUGUGGAUUCUUUGGAGGUUCUGGAGGUACCAACUGUGUACUUCCUAAUGGUCAAACGUUGACGAAAGCUAUUCGGAAAGAGUACCGCGUUUUAACGGAUGAUGAACGGCAACGUUAUAAUACAGCAAUGUGGACAAUCAAAAGUAAUGGUGACUACGACACACUCUCAAAAAUUCACUCACAAUUCAUCACUUCACCAGGAGCUCAUUCAGGACCUGCAUUUUUGCCAUGGCAUCGAGAAUUCAUUAAAAGAUUGGAAAUCGCCCUCCGUCGUGUCGAUCCAACCCUAGCUCUUCCCUAUUGGGACUCCGCUCUCGAUGGUUCCUUGCCAUCGCCAAAAGAUUCUGUGAUGUGGGGUAAUGAGUUGAUGGGUUCACAAGGCAGUGACGGUGUAGUACGGACAGGAGCGUUCAGAAGUUGGCCGACCGUAGAUGGUACUCGCAUAUUCACGCGUAGCAUUGGGACAACAGGUAGUCCGCUUAGGGAAAGUGACAUAAGCACCAUACUUGCUACUACGGAUAUUUUCCAAAUUCUUGCAUUUACGGCACCCCAACCGGGUUGUCCUAAUCCUGCUUCAUGGACAGCUGUCGAAUAUGUACAUGGUGGACCACACGUAUUUGUUGGAGGAGACAUGCUGGUCACCACGACCGCCACCAAUGAUCCGCUGUUCUUCAAUCAUCAUUCGAUGAUUGAUCUGAUAUGGGAGCUAUGGCGUACUGCACAACAGUCGCGGGCGGAUCGAGAAACAGUCUAUCCGAACGACAGUCCUACAUGUAGCAGUUCUUCACAUUACGCGAACAACACAAUGGAACCGUUCUUUCCGAUGGUGAAUUUUGACGGAUUAUCGAAUCAAUACACAGAUAAUCUUUAUCAAUUCGCUCCACGACCAACAUGUGCGUUUUCAAAUACUGGCGGAUGUGGAUCAAAGUACUUAUUCUGCGAUCUCUCACAUGGCACACCUCGUUGCGCAUCGAAAAUAUUGAUUGGUGGAAAUUGUGGUGGCUAUACGAACAAUGAAGAUCGAUGUUACCUUGGCCAAUGUAGCAACAAUAUUUGUGCUGUAAUACCUACCCCAAUGCCUACUACUCAACCACCGAUCAUUACAACUACACCAGUUGCUCCAACUCAAGAGACGUGUUUCAACGAGCAGCAAUGUUGUGGACCAUGGGCGAAUCGUGGCGAAUGCACAAGAAAUCCUGUUUAUAUGAGAGUAUGGUGUAAGGCAAGCUGUUCUAUUUGUACACCAACCACAUACAGCCUUAACAUAGAAUGUUCAAAUCGACACAUAAGAUGUGCCAGUUGGGCAAGCCGCGGUGAAUGUCGGAACAAUCCGGCGUGGAUGUCAGAAAACUGUCGUUCAGCGUGUAAUUUAUGCGGAUUGAAUCGAGCACAAAUUUGUGGCGGUGGAGGAGGAACACCUUCGACAUCACCGAUCCAGACAACAACAACAACAACCACUACAACUACGACAACUACAAUGGCACCAGUUAACAACGUAUGCAUAAAUCAGCACUACUGCUGCAUAGCAUGGGCAAGCCGUGGAUACUGUACUUCAUUCUUUCAACAAGCUUACAUGACACAGUACUGUCCAGCUGCUUGCACUUUCUGUGGUGGAUCAGUAUUCGGUAGCACAUGGAACACUCGAGACUGUUCCGAUGGGAAUCAGAAUUGUCCUGUAUGGACCGCUCGAGGAGAAUGUAUCGCGAAUCGGGCAUACAUGUGGGAGAACUGUAGGAGAUCAUGCGGAGCAUGCAGCCUAAGUAUUUUAUCCACAAGACUAUCAACUUGCGGAUUUUCAAGACGUUGGACAGCACGGCGCCAGCCGAUCUCAGAGUUUCGUAUAAGUCCACAAUCACUUCCGCUACUAAGGCAAUCCGCACUCUUAUCACAUCGGUCGGUCUCAUUGCAACCAGCGCCGAGAGGACGUCGAUGGCAGCGGAAUCUACAAUUCAGAAGUCCGCUCAACAGGAGGAACAGAGCACGAUCUCUUAGACCAUAUCUCUCAAGGAGAAAACCACUAGCACAACACAAACUGCGCACCACAAUGAGGAGACCAAUGCAACCUCACCAUCGAUCAUCGCACUCAGCACUCAGAGUAAACAAGAGACGAAAUGGUCCGGCUCGUCCAACAGGAAGAGCUGCAUAUCCACAAGGAUGA